AUGAUAACAGCAGUGAUAGCUAUGGUCUUGGCUAUCAAGGACAUGUAUUUGAUGAUGACUAAUCUGUGGGAAUUAGUCAAGUCCUUGGUGCUUGGUGCCUACAUAAUUAUAUCCUGGGAGAGUGAACGCGGAUCAUGUAUUUUACCCUUAUCUUCCGUGUUUUUUGCGCUAACUCAGUUCCUGCGAUGGCCAAGGUGGCUGAAAGAUUUCCUCAGUGAAGUGAGAAUCGUCUGUGGCCCUGCCUUUCCCAUUUCCGUCUUCGCAACAUGGUUGAAACGGAGUGAACCUUCUGGCUCGUCAUUCUGGGUUCUUCUCGUUGCUGUACUCGGUUCCUCGGUAGCCGCCAUCUAUUUUCGCCCCGACAACUCUGAAGUUUUGGUCUUGUUUCAUCUGCCAGUCCCCAGCUCGAGAGACAGGAAAGUUUGUCAUGCAAUAUUGAUGUUUUUCAGUCUCCUUUGUUUGACAGUGCAUAUUUUAUUGUAUCAAACUUUUCCUUCCAUUUACUGUAAACCUGUUUCUAUCGUGGUGGUCAUACUGUGCGUGUGUUUCUUUUUUGGCGCCACUGACGCCGCGCACCGCGCGUAUCAUUGGAUCGGCCAUUUUUUUCCGGGAAACCGUGACCGUGAUUGA